UUUGAAAGUUUUCUUCAGGAAAAAAAUUAGACAUCUUUUGGUGAUGAAGUGGAAGAGUGAAGAUUCUUAAUUUGACUUAUUGACUUUGGGCCAUGUCUGAUUACGGUGAUGAUGCGUGAGUAGUCGCUUAUCCAUUCGAGCUCAUAUUUUCUUUGCGUUUUAACACUUUGAAACAGUUUCAACGAUGGAAAUGAAAACUUUGAAGAUUUCGAACAAGAAUACAAUUCAGAUUACGAUGACGUCCAACCUACAGAAGAAGUUGCUGAAGAUGGAAGAACUAUAGUCAACGGGGGUACUGGUGCUGAUGAAUUCAAUAGUGAUCAAGCCAGAAGAAAAACAAACAAAGAGUUAGCCAUUCCAAAAAGUAAGAGAACAACAACACCAUACAUGACUAAAUAUGAAAGAGCCAGAAUCUUAGGUACAAGAGCCUUACAAAUAUCAAUGAAUGCACCAGUUUUGGUUGAUUUGGAAGGUGAAACUGAUCCUUUGCAAAUUGCAAUCAAAGAGUUGGCUCAAAAAAAGAUUCCAUUGGUUAUUAGAAGAUAUUUACCAGAUGGAAGUUAUGAAGAUUGGGGUUGUGAUGAAUUGAUCGUUGAUAUAGAUGUCUAAAUGUAAAAUAAUUAAUUUGGUUUGUCAAUUUUUAUUAGUACAGAUAACCCUCAUCAUAAUAAUAAUGUAUAUUUAGUUUGACACAAAAUUUAGAAAGUCCGUACCCAUAAACACUUGAUCACCAUUCAUUCUCUCACUUUUAAAUCUAUCUAUAACAUCCUUGAACUCACUUUCAUUCAUUCCUAUCGCGCUUAAAUUUUUAUUCAAUU